CGGGAUGAGAGACCCAUCACGCAGCUUCCUCUUGUCGAUAAUCAAUAGGACGUUGAUCGAUACGUCGAUACAUACGUUUCAAGUCGAUUUGAAAUAUUUAAAUAGUAUCUAAUCAAAAAAAUUGUGAUUUAAUGUUUAAAUGAGUCUGCUUUUGCUGUUGGUAUGUGGGUGGGAUUUUGGUCAGGUGCUCUUUACGUGCCCUGGUUGAAGGGGGCGGAUCAUAGACGUGUAUAAAAUAUCCGGUAGAUUUGUGUGUGUGUGUGUGUGUGUGUAGGAAGAGGGGGAGAGAGAGCAUUGUCGUGUACUUUACAGCUCCGACUACGUAAUGACGCGCGACGAAGCGAGGAUUUGAAUAAUGUAAUGGAGCAGCAGGAGCCGAGGGGUUGUCAUGGUGAUUGCAUCCAAUCCAAUCUCCAAACAAAAGGAGAAAACGGGAAAAAUCGAUUUAAACGGGUCAACUUGCCGGACAUGGCGGAACACGAGCAGCAGCAGCUGACAUUGUGUGUCUAGUCUACAUGCGUGUUAUUUGCUGUCGAGUAACGAGACAUGUCAGUCACGUACGGUGGAUCGAUGGAUGGCCUCAAUCUUUUGAUGUUUGUGCUCUCAAUUGACGGCAUGAUUGGGACUAUUUCUUUAAGGACUCUUUUACCUUUUCAUAUUUUUAUUCUGGAUUCUCUAUUCGAUUUUGCGCUUGAUUUGUAGAAAAAUGCGCGACGCUGUUUGUGUGCGGGAAAAAUACGUCAAAGGUACGUCAAAGGCACGUCAAAGAUACGUCAAAGGCGAUCCCCUAAAGAUGUGGACCAGAAAUGGGAGUAGGAGGGAAAUCGGUGCUGUGAAUUGGUUGCAUCCAUCAACUACCUAAUUGAGUUUCUUUUCUCCGUAACGUUUUAUUCAGCGCCGACUUGUCUAAUGCAAUUUUCAUUCCACUUUCGCAGGCAAAAGUGGCUGACCAUUGCUCGACAUUUUCUCCUUUUAAUAACGGGCAGGGGAACGGGUGCAAUCAAAGGCCAACAGUGGCGGCGGUGGCGGUGCUAGGAGGAUAUUCACAAAGCAGAAGAGAAGAAGAAAAUUGCCGACUACGACUCUCGUGAGAUGUGAAGAGAAAAAGCGAGGCCAGUCGGCUCCUGUGGCGACGUUCGCUUGUCACACACACACGACCGGGGAGCGAAAAGAAAAAGAGCUCACUGGCACACAGUGCGAUCGAUACUUUUGGUGGUGGCGACGCACGGCGACGCUGCUGCUCCUACUACUACGGCUGCAAGAGGAGGGGGGGGAGUCUGGGAAGUGAGGAGGGCCUCAGACGCCUGUUUGACGACGUGAAUCGAAUCAAAUGUGAGAGAACCGCCUUAAAGUCUCCCUACGGCCAUGUUUUUGUUUCCUAAUUCCUAAUUCCUAAUGGAUGGAAUCGAUUCAUUGUGUGAUGGAACAGCGCCUGAACAAAAAGAGCCGGCAAGAUCUCACCGCAAAAUCACGAAGAAACGACAACCACUUCGUCUACAACGUCGGCCAGUUCAGCCGAUCAUUCGCCAUCGUCCAGGAUGAACGGAGGUGGUCGUGUGGUGGCCGAUCAACCGGAUCCGGACGCGAUCAAAAUGUUUGUCGGUCAAAUCCCGCGAUCCAUGGACGAAAACGAUUUGCGUAAAAUGUUUGAAGAUUACGGCCAAGUGCAUCAGGUCAACGUCCUCCGCGACAAAAUCACCGGACAAAGUAAAGGUUGCUGUUUUGUCACGUUCUACAAGCGCAAAGAUGCCCUGCAGGCGCAAAACGACAUGCACAACAUCAAAACAUUGAAUGGGAUGCAUCAUCCGAUCCAAAUGAAACCAGCAGACAGCGAGAAUCGCAAUGAGCGUAAACUCUUUGUGGGAAUGCUGUCGAAGAAAAUCACCGAGAACGACGUACGAAUCAUGUUCAGCGCUUAUGGAUCCAUCGAAGAGUGCACCGUCCUCCGCGACAACAACAACAUCAGUCGAGGAUGUGCUUUUGUGACGUUCACGUCGCGUCAGUCCGCCGUCACUGCCAUCAAGAACAUGCAUCACUCACAAACGAUGGAGGGAUGUUCGUCACCGAUGGUCGUGAAAUUCGCCGACACCCAAAAAGAAAAGGAUCAGAAACGGGUGCAUCAUGUUGGUGGUAGCCCCAAUUUGUGGGGCGGCAUUGGCAUCAACAGUUUACCUCCACAAUAUCUGACGGGUCUGCCUUCGAACGGUGGCGGAAGUUUGUCGCAAUUGAGCGGGCUCAAUGCCUUGGGUGUCCAGCAACUAUUGGCAGCGUCGUCGCAGAAUUCGCUGGCCAACACUCAAGCCGCUUUACAAAGUCUAGCCAACUUACAAAAUCAGGCCGGAUUAGGAAUGAGCGGAAAUGGCAGUCCGGGCUCUGGCGUCAACGACCUCAAUUCAAGUCUGGCCGCCCUGGCCAAUUUCAAUAGUCAAAACAUUUUCGGAUCACUAGAUAUCAACGCGAUGAAUAUGCAGAAUUUAGCCGCUUUGGCUGCGAUCGCCAGUAACGGCAACGGUGGAAUCCCUUCGCUCGGUUCAGCUUUCACGCACGGAGACGUCAUUGUACCUGUGACAGCUUCACAUGGGGGCCAUUGGGGUCCCAUUGUCGGAGGAUCAGCCAAUAAUUCGAUGAGCCAUCUGGCGGCUGCAGCACCUGGAGCGGCUCCAUCUCAUUCCAAUAGCCAACAGCAGCAGCAGCAACAACAACAACAACAGAAUUUGAUCAACAAUCGUAGCGCAAGUUGCGGAUCAACGUCCACUGGAAUCAAUGGACUGGGCACGUCGGCCAACGCGGCCAACGCGGCCGUUGCGGCUGCCGCAAGUCUGGAAGCGCUGGCCAGCGCUUACACGGCUGGCAUCCAGCAAUUCACUACAGCUUUUCCCAAUUUCACUGGCGGCCAAAUGGGAAUGAAUGGCGCCAAUGGAGGAAGUGUCAGCCCGUUGGGAGGUGGUGGUGGUGGUGGAAGUGUGACGGGCAGCGGAUUACGCCAGCAGGAGGGACCGGAAGGAUCGAACCUGUUCAUCUACCACUUGCCACAGGAGUUUGGCGAUACGGACCUGUUUCAAGCCUUUUCGCCCUUUGGCAACAUUUUGUCGGCCAAAGUUUUCAUCGACAAACAGACCAAUUUGUCCAAAUGUUUUGGUUUCGUGUCGUACGAUAAUCCAAUGAGCUCGCAGGCGGCCAUUCAAGCCAUGAACGGCUUUCAGAUUGGCACGAAACGGCUCAAAGUCCAGCUGAAACGUUCCAAAGACGCCUCUAAACCUUACUAGAAAAACAUUUGAGGCCAACGAAACAAAUUUUCUGGGAAAAAACAAAAAAGAAUUGGACUAUUUUUCUAAUUUCCUUGACGUCAAUGAACGCAACAAAUCCAUCCCCCCAUCCAAAAAUAAAACGUACAAUGUCACUGGAUUUCAAACAACAACAAACAAAAAACACGCCUUGCCCUCCCCCUCCUCCCCCCCCCUCUCUUUUUGGUAGUAAGUUGGGAAUUUUAUUUUAUUUUUUAAAUUCUAUUUGAUUGAAAAUGCAUUUGAGAUACGCGACAAAAGUACCUAGUCAAAUUUAUCAAAUGGCUAUAUAUACAUAUCACUUGAUUGGUUCAUCUUUCGUAAAAUAGAGCGAGAAUUCAUGUCUA